AUGGCUCCAUCAAUGCUCAGCACCUCUCGAAUCGCUUCUCGAAUCUUCCAAAAUGCUCAUCGAUUACUGGCAACGGCAGCCGCUGAACAACCACUGAUCAAACUUUCCAAUGGUACAACUAUGCCACAAGUUGGGCUGGGAACAUGGCAGUCCUCUCCUGAAGAAGUGAAAGCUGCAGUGAAAACUGCUCUCGAGGGUGGAUAUAAAUUGAUCGACACGGCUGCUGUUUAUGAAAAUGAAGAUUCAAUUGGUGAAGUUAUUAAGGGAAUGAUCGAUGCCGGAAAAAUAUCUCGCCCUGAAAUCUUCAUUACCACAAAGGUUUGGGUCACUCACUUGCACCCGGACGACAUCGAGCCAUCCAUUCAAGCCUCUUUGAAACGCCUUCAAAUGAACUAUGUUGAUCUCCUGCUAGCCCAUAUGCCGACUUGCUUCAAUCAUGACAUGACUCAACAAAAUAAAUCGGUGACUGUAAAGGAUAUAUGGGGUGGAUUGGAACGUGUCUACAAGAAGGGACUGACUAGAGCAAUCGGCGUAUCGAACUGGAAUGGCGAUCAAAUCGAGAGCGUUAUGAAAGUCGCUUCUGUACCAAUUCAUAACUGCCAGGUGGAGCUUCACCUCUACUGGCCUCAACACGAACUACACGAAGUCUGCAAGAAACACAACGUUUCCCUUACAUCAUAUGCCUCUCUAGGAUCUCCGGGACGAGCCAAAUUCAUGCCCGAUAAAUUCGGAUGGUAUGAUGCACCAAAUGAUCUCGAAGAUCCAAAUGUGAAAAAGCUUGCACAAAAAUAUUCAAAAACCCCUGCACAGAUUUUGCUGCGCUACGUAAUGGAUCGAGGAAUCGCAAUUAUACCCAAGUCUGUCAAGCCCGCUCGAGUAGCCGAGAAUUUCAAGUUGUUCGACUUCUCAUUGACUAAGGACGACAUCAAAUUGCUGGAAUCAACGAAGCACCGUCAGAGGCUGUUCCUUGACGAAUUGUAA